GAUUUGUUAGUGUGGUUUUUCUUUUAUUUUUCCCUUUCUCAUGUCUCGAAACAAAUUCAAAUAUACACUUUUUCCUCCCCUUGAAUUUUCUCACAACAAAAAAUGGCAAUUGGAAAGCUCGUUCACAUUACCGUCGACUUGGUCCUCCUUUCAACAGCGCUCGCAGGCAUCCGGCGAUCAACCGGCCUCAAGUUCAAGCCUGAAAGCCUGACUGAUAGCAAGGACAUUCAGGGCUACGUCGACACCUAUCUGAACAUUGGUGAGAAGACCGUUGACUUUGCCGCAUUUCAGAUGAGCACCAGCAGCAAUUACUUUGCAAAGGGCAAAUGAUAAAAUUGAAUAAUAAAAACAAAUUAUUUACUCAUUUUUCCACAAUAAAAAAGUACACUUACUAUUCAGAUGCAAAUAAAAAUAAACAAUCUGACCAAAAAAGUGAUUUCUGCCAGGAUUGAACUGGCGACCGUCUGCGUGUUAGGCAGACGUGAUAACCGACUACACCAAGAAAUCACGUUAUACUGAUUAAACAAG